AUGGCGUUUCAAUUUGGAUUUGCAAGCAAUGGCGCCGACAGCAACGACGAUGCCGUCGUCCCAACAAAUGAUAGUAGCGCGAAGCCUACGCACGUGGUCCCGGCUGGCAAGUCCGUGAAACAGCACAGAUUGGAGGACUUGGUAGGUAUGGAAGUCUUCACUUUCUCCUUUUCCUUCCAUUGCUUCACUUGGCGCAGACAACAUCGUCAAAGAAUAUGUCUCAUGCGCAACAUGGCAACUACCAUGGACCCUUCCGGGCUCAAGCUCCAAUUCCAUACAGCAUGACUGACCAAGCUACCAGGUUUCAACGCUGCCAGAGCGAAUCAGCUACAGUACAGUCCGAAUAGAAUCGCCCCUUGGACGGAUAGCGCACAUACCACGACGAGAACUUUUCGAUGUCCGCAUUCAGUUGAUGGCAGAGGACUCCUCUGUCAACGAUGAAGUGAUAGACCAGAUAGACAAGUCUGAUCUCCGGCCUGGGAUAUAUGAGGGUGGUUUCAAGACAUGGGAAUGCUCUGUCGACCUUGCCAGCUUACUACUCGACCGUGGUCCUCGCAAAGAUAUCGACGAGUUAGUACGAUGCGACCAGAUCGUUGAAGUACGAGUCCCACCCUUCGUCGUUGCGCUCCAAACUGACUUUGAACGCAGCUUGGAGCCGGCACUGCUCUCCCAUCCAUGAUAUUGUUCCGCCACGCUAUUCAGAAUGAUAUCCACGGCCUCACAUUCACAUUCGCCGACUACAACGAAGAGGUUUUAAGACUGAUUACACUUCCAAACAUCAUCCUCAACUGGGCAGCAGUCACCGGGUACGGUCAAUUAGACGAAUCACGACCUGGCUUGACAGAAGAGAGCAAAGGCGAGUUUGAGCUGACGCCAGAUGCGAUCAGCCAAUUCUUGGCGGAGAUGAAAUUGGAGAACCUCGCGAUUAACAUGCUCUCUGGACCUUGGUCGUCGACACUCGCAGAGUACAUUCCUCCUUCGGCCCCAGAGAUGGGCUUGGUAAUACUCGCUGCGGAAACAAUCUACAGCCCAGAAUCAACGGUAGCCUUUGUGUCUCUUCUCUCCAUACUACUGAAGAGAGUCAAGAUGGCGAAAGCAAUGAUUGGCGCAAAGCGGAUUUACUUUGGAGUUGGAGGUUCUGUGGACGGUUUGAAAGAGGCCUGUCGAGAGGAAGGCGCUGUUGCUUACGAGAUCGAGAAUCAUGGAGUCUCUGGAAUGGAUGGUGGUGUCGGACGAGCGCUGGUGGAAGUACAGAUGUACUGA